AUGAAUAAAGAUAGAGAACUUGGUGUAGUUCUCUUUUGUCGUGGCAUCUCCUUGUGGGCGAGACUUGCGUUUGUCUUUGUCCUUGCUGCCAAGCCUGUCGCUUCGUUGGUCUGCCCGCUUGGUAGGCCGAUCUUCCUGUUUGGUAGACUUCUUCACGACUAUUCGAUCAUCAUCCUAGAGUGCAUAGCGUUCUGCGGUCGCGAAGACCUUUGCCAAAGUCUAGUUGGGAGUGAUAGUCAGUUCGCGGUAUAA